AGUUGUUUGAAUUUGAUUUAAGCCUCUUUACAAAUGCAUAAAUUUAUUAUAACUACCACCUUUUCUGUGGCCUUCUUAUGUUCAGCUCUCUUGAUAACCAUGUGGAUCAUAUGUUUGGUCUUAAUAGCCUGCAUAAUGAUUAUCUCUGCAGAAAAAAAACAUGAUACUACAGAAGAGGAGUUGUCCUUUUGCUAAGUUGACUUUUUCUUUCAUUCUUAGAAGUGACUCCUAUCCACAGGAGCCCUCUCCCUGGAGCAUCUCUUUUCCCAGCCCCUUUUUCUCAGAGACUUUUUAAAAAAUUUGCAGCUUUAGACUCUUCUUGUGCCGUUCACCACUGAGUCACUACACCCUCUUUGUGAGACAAUGUCCCAGAAGAUCCCCCCUGAAGGUGCACAGAAAGGCUUUGCUGUGGGACGGGGGCUCCUGGCUGCUGCUGAGACCCUAAAUUUCAGCAUGAAUGAGCAGCGCCCCGACAGCCUGUACAGCACCUCUUCCUGGCCUUCUUACAGCAUGGCUUCCUCUUUGAGCAGCGGGGACGGCAAGGACCGUGACUCGCAGCUGCCUCGUCGUGGCGUCGGCCAUGUUAACAACAGCAUGAAACUCUUUGCCAGCCUGGGACUGUCUCCCAGUGACAUAGACACACUGGCACAGAUCCCUGAAGAAAGUAUCAGUAUCGAGACCUUGCCGCAACUUAUCAUGCAGCUGAAGAACCGCAAGCUGGAGGCCAGCGGGCGUAUGGGGGGCAGCUCCCGAGAUCUGCCCCCCCUCUCCCCAGAGCACUCGUACAGAGCGCCUCGGGACGAUUGGGAAGAUGUGCGGGCCGGCCGCUUGGGCAGGUCCAGUGGGCAGAGCUCAGCCCGCGGUCAGCAGAUGGACUACGGUUACAGUUCCAUGCAGGAGGUCCCAUCUCGGGGUUACGAGCGCGUAGACUACAGUGAGAGCAGCAGUGGCGGGGUGAGCAGAGACCGGCAGUAUUCUGAUCUUUCCCGCGAUCGCUACGGCGGCCUUGGGAUGGGUUCCUCCUCAGCGUCGGACAGUGUCUUUAUGCAGAAAAGGAUGGGCUCCCCUUCCCAAGGCAAAGUGCGAGACUUCUUGGGAGUCAUGCCUCACAUGUUCCCACACGUGUGCUCUCUUUGUGAUUUCGAUGUGCAUUCCACUUCGGAGUGGACACAGCACACAAAUGGAUUACGUCAUGCAGAAAACCGCAGGCUCCUCCUACAAAUGUAUCCAGAUUGGGAUCCUCAGGUGGCCGCGAACAGAGCUUCUGGAUCACUCCUACUGGAUACAACUAACCGCUCUGAUGGAAUCCUGGGCCCUGCACCCUUGGGACUACCAAGAGGAGGGAUGAACCCAAUUCAGGGUGCUGGUAUGUCAAGCCAAAGGCAGCCAUUUUCAGUGACACCAAAGAUCAGAGGUAGAGUUGUCGUAGCAAAAUAUGAGCGGAAGCCCCUCACGCUUAACAGCUUACUAGUUCUGGCCCAGCCAUUUGGAACGGUCUGUCAACACCUGGUCCUCAACAAGAAGGCCUUUUUGGAAAUGCGAACUCAUGAAGAGGCAGUAGCCAUGGUGAAUUUCUACCAGAGGAAACCAGCAGUUUUGCAUGGGAAAGAAAUUACUUUAUAUUUGUCGCAAGAGCUAAGAACAAUUGAGAAAGGCAACAGAGAAAGUUCUAAAAGCAGACCGAGCCAGGUGGUCUUCUUCUCAAAUUUACCGAGAGAGAGAGAGAAGAAAUCAGAGCUGCUGACUUUAGCCCGGCGUUUUGGCACUGUGGAGAAAUACCUGUUUUUAAACGAAGAGGCUUUCAUACAGAUGGGAACCCCUGAGGAUGCUGAGAUGAUGGUGAAGUACUACACUCUGCAUCCACUAACCAUCAAAGGCAGGAGCAUCCGACUGAACAUCUGUACCAAGUACAAGACACUGAUAGUAAAUCCCUCCAGGCAUGGUCAAGGAAGAGAUGACUUUAGCAGAAAGAGCAGCAGUGUUGGCAGGAAAGGGUCUCCAAAAAGGCCAAGAUCUCAAUCCACCAGUGAGAGGAGCUCCAAAGGCAAGGAGGAGAGUGCUGGGAAAGAAGAGGAGCUGGAGGCUGAUGACAGCGCUGUACUCGAGGAGGGCUCUGGAGACGAGAUAACCGGCGUGAUGGAGGCUGAAGAGACAGAGGAAGGGAGCUAUGAGGGAGCCGCGAUCCACAAGAGGCAGGGCAGGCGGAGAGCAUCACUGAGGAUGUGGAAGAGAAAGCAGCUUCAGCCUCUCUGGCCCCUCAAUCCCAGGAAGAGGAAUCUGUUUCUGAGCCAGCUGAGACCAUGGGAGAGGCCUGUGAAGCUUCAUCUGCAGAGGGGCCUAAAGGAACUGAAGCUGAGGAGCCCCCUGCAAGCAGAGACCUCUCAAAGUGAAGGGGAAAAUCUUCCAGAAGAGAUGGAAUCCAAGGCAGCUGUGCCAUCAGCAGAGCAAACUGAAAGCUCUGAGGUCCCAAAUGAAGAGUCAGGGGAGGACGAGGAAGUGCCCAUGGAGCAGUAUUUCCCAGAGAACAUGGAUGACUUUGUAACUUUGGAUGAGGUGGCAGAGGAAGAAGAUGCUGAUGAAUUAGAGCCAGAGUCAAAAUCAAGGGACUCAUCUUCAGAAACCUCAAGGAGCAGUGGGGGUCGGAGGGUUGUCAAUGUUGUGGGAUUUAAACGGGGUCAUAAUUUCCUGGAAGAAAUCCUAAAUCUUGCCAAGCCUUUUGGAAAAGUGGUUCGACAUCUAGUACUUGAUGCAAGACCUGAGGCAUUUCUGGAGCUGUUUUCUGAAGAGGAGGCAAGAUCAAUGGUGGCUUUCUACAAUGCCAAUGUUACACCAGUAGUUUGUGGGAAGGCUGUGAAAAUACACCACUCACAAGCCUAUGCCACAAUACAGAACGGACGAGUCGUCUAUGUUGGACAAAUCCCAUUAGCCAAAACUUCAGAUGCCUCCAUCCUAAAGCUUGCUGAGCCUUUUGGGAAAGUGAGGCGCUAUUUUCUAAAUCGCCCCCGCUGUGAGUGUUUCAUUGAAAUGGAAAGAGGACAAGAUGCUGAGAGAAUGGCAACUGCAUACAAGGAGAACCCACCAAAGUUUCAAGGCAAACGGCUGACUGUGUAUGUGAGCCGAAAAUAUAAACAGCUGAAGAAUGGCCUCAGACCACCUCCUCCAGAUCCUGAGGAGGAGAGACCAUCCAAGAGGCAAAUCAGUGGUGCACAGGAAGACUCCCACAGCAGCUCUCCAGCCAAAAACAAGGUCAGGGAGGAGGAAGAGCCUCCGGCUAAGAAGGCUUGCUGGGAGAGGACCACUCCGGAGGAUUUAACCAGCACCGUCAAGGAGGAGAAGAAUAAAACAGAGGAACCCGUCAGCAGCAGCAGCAAGCUGCAUCAGCAAGAAGAGGAGGGGGCCUCUGAAAUGCCUCAGGAACAGGUGAAGGUAAAGAUAGAAAAUACAGAUCAGAAGAUCAGUCAGGCCUCUGACUGUGUGGACACCCAGAAGGACACUGAAGGGGAAUCUGGAGGUGAAGGAGCAGGAGCUACUCCCUCUAAUGGAGUGAGUGAGAAGAGCUGCGAAAGGGAAGAGACUCCCAGCAUCAAACCACAGGCUGACAAGAAGCCACCACCCACUCCUGUCCCUCUGGGGCCAUACCAACCCAACAACCCUGUGGGUGUGGAGUAUGUGAAGAUGGGAUACUAUUGCAGAGUCUGCUUCCUGUUCUAUUCCAAUGAAGAGACAGCAAAAAAGGUUCACUGCAGCAGCCUGUCGCACUACCAGAAACUGAAGAUACAUUUGGAUAAGGAGAAGGAGAAAGAGAAAGAAAAGGAUAAUGCCAAAGCUUAGUGAAUGAUUUUUUUUGGACCGGGGGGUGGACUAAACUCAGUCAUUAAACAUGUCAAAAAUCUUUGAUUCAAAUGUUAGUAUUUGUGUAAAAACUGCAGCCAUCUUUAUUUUACAGACAUAAUCAAUCACUCAGUGUAGGCUUCUUGAUGUUUCUGCAAUUCAGGCUCAGAUAUGACCACAGGUAAACAUAAGAAGGGUCUUGUACAAUGUUUUUUUUUUUAGUCAGGCAAAGCUGAGAAUGUAGAGUAUAAUUUUUGUAACUCAUAUCUCCCUUUUACUAGUUUUAUCAUUUUUAAGUGCUUAGUGAUGUAUUAGUAUAUUUGUCCCGGAUGCAGGUCUGUAUGUGUUUCUGAAAAUGCCAUUAAACACUGACUUGUGGAUGGUUAACUUUCAUACCAUACAAGAGUCUGACUUCUGUUUUGAAAAGGCUUUUUGCAGGCUUUUCUGUCCCUACUCCAUGAGAGCAAAGAUCAGACCAAUAAUUCACUUGGUGAUGUCUCUGCCCACUAGGCCCCAGACUGUAUUUGUCUACC